AUGGCGGAAGAACAGGCGCGCGAAGAGCUCAUGGGCACGCUCAAGAGCUUGCUCGAAUCUGACGAAUACUCCGACUUUGUCAUCACCUGCGGAACCGACACUUACAAUGUGCACAAGAAUGUGGUUUGUACUCGGGCGGGGUUCUUCAAGGGCGCGGAGGGGUUCACUGCUGGUCAAGAAGGUGCGACUGCCAAAGCCGAUCUCUCGGAGGACGAGCCAGAGAUUGUGAAGCUACUCGUGCAGUACCUGUACGAAGGCGAAUACGACGUCACGCUCACGGACAUGGCACAUUUGGCCCUGCCAGUAUGCUGUCCGGACUGGGCUUCUCGCACAAAGGGCAUAGUCGCAUCACAACUCCUCGUCAGUGCGAAGAUGUACGGAAUCGGCGACAAGUACGACGUACCUGGACUCAAACAGCUCGCUCUUGCCAAGUUCUCUUUCGCAUGUGAGAAGUACUGGGAGAGUCAGCAGUUUGCCCCUGCCGCUCAUUAUGCUUUCUCCACAACACCAGAGAGCGACAAAGGACUCCGAGACAUAGUCGCCAAAACCAUCGCAGACCACAUGAAGACACUUAAUUCGCCGGUGGCGGAGGCGCUACUUAACGAGUUUAAUGGCCUGGCUAUGGGCGUGCUCAAGAUACGCGCAAAGGACCUGGGGUGGAUCUAA